GAGGGCUGGAGGCCGUCGGCUGGAGCGCCGGGACCGGCAGAGGUUAGACUGAGAAGAGCAGCCAUGUUUCGGAGGCCUGCGUUACAGGUGCUUCGUCAGUUUGUAAGACAUGAGUCGGAAAUAGCUAGCAGUUUGGUUCUUGAAAGAUCUCUGAAUCGUGUGCAGUUACUGGGGCGAGUGGGUCAGGACCCUGUCAUGAGACAGGUGGAAGGAAAAAAUCCAGUCACAAUAUUUUCCCUAGCAACAAAUGAGAUGUGGCGAUCCAGGGAUAAUGAAACAUACCAGAUGGGUGAUGUUAGUCAAAAAACAAAGUGGCACAGAAUAUCAGUAUUCCGGCCAGGCCUCAGAGAUGUGGCGUAUCAGUAUGUGAAAAAGGGGUCUCGAAUUUACGUGGAAGGGAAGGUAGACUAUGGUGAAUACAUGGAUAAAAAUAACGUGCGGCAACAAGCAACCACCAUCAUCGCUGAUAACAUUAUCUUUCUGAGUGACCAGACGAAAGAGAAGGCAUAGAACAGAUGAUUCUUCUUUGGCCGUUGUUUGGUAUAGUCUCAUUUCCAAAUCAUGUAUAGUCUUUAUAGUCCCCAAGGACAAGAAUUAAAACACUGUUUUAUAUAAAAAAAAA